AUGGCAUUUCUUCUGACUCCACAGCAGAAAGGCCCUCUUCCCGUUGCCCUGAGCCCGAACCCCUGGGCAGGGAGGUGGUCCCGCUCCAGCUCUCCACCCGGGGUCCCCCCCGCACCCCUACAUGGUUGUUCUGCGUCUUUUCCACCCGCAAGCUUAGAAACCACAGGUUCUUUUCCCAGGCCUCCUCCUGGAUACUGGCCCUGUCUAGCCAGAAAAAGGACCAGUGCCCUUGACCUUGUGUCCAGCAGGGGCUGGGCGAGGCCUGGGCCCGAGCGGCCACCUGGAGCUUCCCCUCCCCGCUCCCCUCUCGCUGUCUGCGUGCCCGUGAGGAGCGUAGUCACAGGGACUUGGUUUCCACGGCAGUUUGGGGGGAGGAAUGUCCCCCCCCCCGGUUUGCUGGGUUGGGGGGUCUCCAGACCCACGGGGCCGAGGCUCUCUUGGCUCUGGCUGGCCGGGCCCGUGGCGGGGGCAGGGAGAUGGGGCUCCCGAGCAAGGCUGCCGAGGGGAGGGGUGAGUGGUGGCCCCGGGCCUGCCGCCUGGGCUCUGGGUGUGUGUGGAUUUGCCUCUGUGUCACUCCCUGGUAAGAAAAGCCCACGCCAGCUAAAGGCCACCCCUGCCCCUCGCCUGCCCCAUCCCUGCGCGCUACAGAGAAGCGUGACCACCCCUGUCUCCGUGGCUCAACCCUCAGGGUGGGUUCCUCUGGUUCCUGAGAAACAGCUUUCUCCCUCAGCACCCCGACUCACCUCUCAGCACCCCGUCUCGGCGGAGCAGAGGUGGGCGGGGCCAGCGCUGCGCCUCCUUCCUCCAUGGGGGGGUCUCCAAAGCCCAGGGCACACAUCCAAGCUAGAGAGGUGUGCGGACUUCCCAACCCCGGGAUCCAGGGGGUCCAGAGUCUCCCAAGCACCAGCGUUCUCCCCCUUCCACCAACUGCAGGCCACGGGCCCCUAGUGGGACCCAGAGCCGCCUGCCGUGCCUCCCCCAUCAGGCAGCAUGGCCUUGGUGACCAGUGCGGUGUCCAGAAGAAGAUUCGUGGUCUGGCGAGGCUUGUCCCCUGUGAGGUGACAGAGGAUGGGCCUGGAGGUCAGGAGCGAAGGUUCUGGUUUGAUGGGUAGGGUGAGGCCCCCGUCCCAAGCCAAGGGCACCAGUCACCUGAUAGUCAAAGAUGAACCCCCCCACCCCACCCCCCGACCGGCCCCUCCUGGCCGCAUUUCUCAGGCUCACCAUUAGGAGUCCCUGGGCCACGCUUCUGGGCCUCUGGAUCUGCACGUGGGGACAACUUGGGCCCUUCCCAGCCAGGGCUAAGAGGGGCCUUGAGGAUUUCCCAGGCGUCAGCAGAGCACCUGUGCUCUGUGACCCAGGAGUUUCUGAUGCCACUUCCUGAGUGAAACCUGAGUGGGGGGUAGGCGGAACCGCCCCAUAGAUCUGUGUCCCCCGUAAGUGGGGGCAGCCGGUCACAGCCGCUGGGAAAUAGAGCAGGCGUCUGGCCUGGUGAGCAGAGCUUGAGGGGGGAGGAUAAUGGAGUCUCCCCCCCACCCCACCCCACCCCCAAAGACGCGAGUUUUGGCUUUUCAGGUUUUCCCAGAUGCUGUGCUGGCGGAAGGGCUCGGCCUGGAGGGGGCAGUACCCUCCCUUCAAAGGGGCUGCCAGGUGCCGAGCCAACCAAGGUGGCCGCGGGGGCGGUCAGCCCAGCUGAGGGCGGGCUUGGGGCGAGAGGCUGGGUGCUCCUGAGGGGAGUUGAGCCCUGUAUACCUUUUCCUAUCUCAGAGCUCCUCCCAGCUAGUUUUCUCCCCUUCAUUUUCAAAUUGGAGGCAACACCAGGGCAAGCUUCACUGUCUCUCGUAUCCUUUCCUUAGACCCUGGGAGGAAGCCACGGGGUGGGCCGUGGCCUUCAGCUUUGACGUCCACGGCCUCCUGUAUGAAACCUGCUCUGUUGAGAAGGCGAGGCCCAGGCGGGGGAGCUGUUGGCCGAGCAGCCUGCUGUCCUUGGGGCCGAUGGCACCAGGAGUGGCCCCGGGACAGAGGGAGAGGCCUGCGGCCUGGCCUGUGGCAUCCGUGGCUGGGAGGGAGUUUGAGGCUCUUGGAUCAAAGGUAGGGGGAGGAGGCCGGGAGUGAGGACAGUGUUGUGUGCUUGGCCACGCGUGCGUUGGGUCCUACACAUCCGUGUGUGUGCGAGCACCUCCAUGCAGCGCCCGGAUCUGAGCACGGGCCUGGCUUGUUCAGUAUUUUGAGGCCUCGGGAGCCUUGUCACCCGCGGGCCACACGGAGUAGGGGUGAUGGUGCGUGGGUGGCAGGCCUCGCCCUCGGGACCGCCCCACGUCCCUUGACCUUGUUAAAGCUGCUCGGAGGGGGCGGAGGUGUCCCCAGCAGGGGCCCCAAGGGGCCAGCUCUUCAAAAGCAUCCAGUCCUGAAGACAGUAUUCACAGGGAGAGGGUUCAGGUGCGGGCGCCCCUCACCUGCUGGGGGUCCUCUGCAAAGAGCAUCCAGUGAAGUUGGGAGACCAGGGUGGGGGAUGAGGAACGGGCCAAAUUUGGGUCCCAAGACAGAGGGCAAGCCCGGUGCAUUUUCCUGUCCUCUGCCUCAGUUUACCUAUCCAGAAAAUGGUCCAGGAAGAACUGAGCAGGGCUGGCUCCCCAGCUGGGCGGGAUGGGGUGGGGGGAGGGGGCGGACAACACCCAAAAUCCCAAGUCCUCCUCUUGCUCCAUGCCAAAAUUAUUUCCGUUAUCCUGAGAUGGGGGUGAGCGGAUGUUGGGUGCAUGAUGGGGCUCUGAGGGGCCUCUGCCCUGCCCAGGGCCUCGCCUUGGGGGUCUGGCCCUCACCUGGCGCGCCCCGGGUCACCAGCAAUGGCACUUACAUCUGUCCCAAGCUCUGGGCAAGGGGGAGCACGGGCCACCUGAUGCCCCGGGGCCCUCACGCUUCUCCCCUCUUUGUUGAAGACACACAAAACCCUCAAGAUUCAUGUACUGUAUGGCGGAGAGAAAAAAAGUACCUAAUGUUCCCCCAAAAAAGACAGUAUAUUUUGUACUUUGUAAAGUGUUAAUUAAAACGGAAACAAAAAUGGA